ACCGGCGUGUUAUCUCAGAUUGACCAGACCAUGUCGGAGACUUCGGUCCAAUUAGCAAACACACAGCGACAAAAGCCAUGAAGUGCAUCAAGUAUUGCUAUAGAAUCUUUCUAUUCUCAAAAGCCGGACAUGUUUUUUUAAGAGCUAUUUUAAUUUUAUGGUUCCAUAACAAGCCUAAGCCUUUGAACACUUUAUCAGGGUCAUAAUAACAUGCAUUAAUAUGCAUCUCCACUCUUUAAGUACAGGCACAAGACACGAACGAAUUCACAUAUGCUUCGGCGAUGCUUGUUUACUCUGGGAAACCCUCUUUGUAAGGUAUCGUUAGUUCUCAGCUGUCUGUGCGUAACGGUAAAAAAGCUGAAUUUCCACAAAGAAAAACAAAUUUUCACUUAUUACGGAAUUUGUUUGUGGUGUAUCUUGGUCAUCCUUAUUCAAUUAUCAAUUGUACUCUGACCUACCCUACGGCAAGGCUCUGAAACGACACGAUAAUACUGCUCUAAUAUGAUCUAUAAAACUAACAACAUUACUCCACUUUUUUCCGUCGACUGAAGUUUGAGGUAACCCUCGACUUCAGCGUUGUUUCUCUACACUGUCUCAGAGAAGGAAUGACAUGCUAUUUGUGCGCCAAAGCGAUUCACCCACAGACUUAAAAAAUGUUAGAGCCAUGUUAAAUGAACGCGUGACAGGAUUCAGGGGUCGGAAUGCAUAGAUUGACUUGGCGGAAAGCCACAAUAAAAAUGGCAAAAGCAGAUAGGUCCAAUAUCUUGCAAAUAAAACAAUAAGUGGUUUUCUCUGUCGUCAAACCGAUACCUCUUGAAAAGGCGGGCUACCUCUGGUGUUCAGCGCGUUUCGUAUUUCGAACAAUAGAGCAAAUUUUUGCGGAGUUUUUUUCUGUCGGGAAUUAUCUCUUGCGGUGUUAGGCGGCAGAUAGAAACAUUCGCAAACCCUCGAAAUGUUACGCCUUAAACAGGCUCAACAUUUUAUGGCAUGCGUUGUAUGUAUAAAGCACUCAAGAGAAGAUGAGGUACUAGUGGGCCUUCGUCGGUGCUCAGUUCUUAAAGGAUGGCCCCUUGUUACUCCUUCUCGUUUUGACCAUGGUGUGCGUGAGAAUCCACACUAAGUUUCUCUUGGUACUUCCGGAGUUGAAACUGCAGUUCAAACAACAGCGUGUCAGAUUUUUAUUUUAGGAAGCUCUUUCGUCACAUAUUUGACAAAUAUUACCUUUGGCUAAUGGCUGCAAAAAGAAAAACUUUCGAACAAGUAACUUAACGAAUAAUAACUUGUUUUUCUAGCUGCGCCUUGUUGUCUUUUACCGCGACUUCUAAUUAAUUACUCUCCAAAUAUUUUCCUUUGAUUUUCUUAGGAAAUAAAAAGCCGGGCACAGCAGGCUGCACUAAAAUGCCUCAGAUAACCUCAAACUCAUUAAUUACCGCAAAAAGUCACGGGUUGCCCUUUUAAAAAUGUGCUAAGUGCAUUGUUUGAUCCAAAGGCAAAAAUUGCAGUUAUAUUGAAAGUUUGAUUGGAGUUAGAUAAAGGAAGUGUUGUAAAAUUGUUGUUUACCGUUCCACGCUUUCCUUUUUCAAGGUCAUUCUAAUUUGAUUGGCACCUCUUCAAUGCUAUGUUAAUGCGCUAAAUGACUAGGAGAUAACUCAAAGUAUUUCCCGCGCAUUGGGUCCGUUGUGUGAUGUCAACCUCGUGCAAAUUGCAUUAUAUUGAUCUGUUACCUUUAUUAAAAUGUUUGAAAGUGUUCGAAGUUCUCUCUCAAGAACGUUUAAGGGCUUUUUAGCUCAUCACGCCCAGUGUUAAUAUAUCGCAAUUAACGGACUCCUAAUCAGGUGCAAAGAACGGACUUACUGACUUCACGCUUGGUUGAAUUUCUAACAGACAAGCAGUGAAUAUGUAUGAAGUUGCUUUACUUAGUCUUCACUGCGUGUUGUGUAACACUUUUCUAUUGUCCCUCUUGUUCUAUUUGAGCGGACCAGAUUAAUUUCAGUGUAAGCAAUAAUUUAGUUGUCAACCAUCAUUUCCCUCUCAGAGUCGGUCUGUUAAAGGACUUAUAACUUGGAAUCGACGUUGUCAAAGUUGGUAAAGACUCGAGCUUGUUCUCCUGUACCUUAGCAUGGGGUUAUGACACCGGAAUUUUCAUUAGUUUACAUUAGCGAGUAAACAACCGAGAAAGGAUACUAGCUCGACAUAUUAAUCACCUGCGUUCAUUGUAAGACGAAAUCAUACAGCGUGAAGCGAAGAACAUAGACUAUGUGGAAUUACCUACUGUUGACAGCUUUCCUGAGUCUGCUUAGCAAGUGCUGUUCGCAAUCGUUUCAGUGGUCUAGGGUACGGAAUGAUCGCUGGGGACCCUGGAGUGACUGGUCUGCCUGCAGUCAAUCGUGUGGCGGAGGCACGACAUCCAGAACGAGGCAGUGUGUGGUGUCGUCCAGGACUGGUAGCCUACCCAGGUAUGUACUGAAAGUUUACAAACAAUAUGGACCCGACAAAGGAAACUGCCAAGGAACAGAUACUCAGUACAACACGUGUAAUAUGCAGAAAUGUUACCAGGCCCCUGUGACGACGAAGCAACAUGCUGUCGAGGCGAGAGCGGAACAGUGUAGCAAGUUUGACAACACGUCUUUCAAUGGCUACUUCUUUACUUGGGUCCCUUACUUGGGCGUGAAGAAUAGCGAUGAAUGUGAGCUUUACUGUGUGGCUAAAGGAUUCAGGUUCUUUCGUCGUCUCUCACCAAGAGUGAAAGACGGAACACCUUGCCUCAGUGAUUUAAAAAAGGUCUGCAUUAGUGGAACAUGCAAGGAGCUCCCCUCAAGGUGUAAAGAUGGCGGAUGUUUUGGUCAGAAGCGUGUGACACCAAAGCAAAGGCGAUCUGGUGUUUUUACGUCAAGAGACGUUUCUCGAGGACAUCUGAUCUUAGGGUAUAAUCCUGUGAUCACAAUUCCUGCUGGUGCCACUAACAUUAAUGUCACAGAGAUCCGCAGAAGCAAGAAUUAUCUGGCUCUCAAGUCACAUGAUUCAAGCAAGUACUACAUUAAUGGAAACUGGGUUAUCGAUUUGCCUAAGGGUUAUGACGUAGCUGAUACAACUGUGUAUUACACAAGACCCCGUAGAGACAAGGGCGAGAAUGAGGCGUUUAUUGCCGCUGGGCCAACGUCUGAAGGUCUUGACGUUAUGUUGCUUUAUCAAGCUGACGAGCCUAGGAUCAUGUAUUCGUACCUUCUUCCUAAGGACUACCCUAAAAAACGCGAUAAAGAACAGCAACAACCCGCAGAGCCCAGCAAUUUUGGUCAGAGAGGGUUCAAGUCCCAGGCUACCCAAUCACCACCCAACGGAAAUACUUAUGCUUGGAGACUAACAGGGUUUACACAGUGCACCCACUCAUGUGCAGGAGGCAUUCAAACAACGGUGUACCAGUGUGUUACAUCAGCUGAUAACUCAGUUGUUGAACAGUCCCUGUGUCAAUGGAACUUAAAACCAGCUCAACGACAGAGAGUCUGUAACCUACAGCCUUGUUCACCAAGGUGGGAACCAGGAGAGUGGGGUCAGUGUUCUAAGACAUGUGGAGCCGGUAUGCAGAUCAGAAGUCUUCUGUGUAAACAGCUUGUUGAUAAUAAUGGUGUCAGGAAACAGCAGAUGCUACCGAUCAGCUACUGUCGCCAGUGGGAGAGACCUGCACCCAGCCGCAACUGUAACUUACAGCCCUGCCCUCCUCCGGCAAACUGGACAGUCGGGGAGUGGAGCAAGUGUUCCGUGACAUGUGAAAAAGGAGUCAAACAGAGAGUCGUGUCUUGUGUGGAUAUCAAAAAUACCACAGUCAAUGAAAGGUUCUGUGAACACAAUCCAAAGCCACCGACAACAGAAUCGUGUUUUGCUGGUUCCUGUAAAACUGACUGGGUUGUAAGCCACAAGUGGUCUCAAUGUUCAGUGCCUUGUGGUAGAGGACAACAAAGCCGACUUGUAUUCUGUGGAAGAAAAGGUGGUGAUGCCCUUCCGUCAGACAAAUGUUCUCAUGCCAAGAAACCAAGUUCGACCAGACCAUGCAACAAUGGCAAAUGUCAGGCAGUCUGGGUGGCAUCAGAAUGGAGUAAGUGUUCAGUUGAGUGUGGAACAGGCACUCAGUUCAGAUCAGUGUUCUGUGCAGGGAUGGUUGGAGGUAUGUACCAAGAGUUUCCUGACGAAGCUUGUCCACGGAACUCCAAACCUAUUACAGUGAAAUCAUGCGGAAAUGACUCAUGUACACCACAAUGGUUCACCACAGCGUGGGGCAAGUGUUCCAGGUCAUGUGGCGGUGGUAACCAGUUCCGAGACGUCACGUGCCUCAAUGACAAAGGACAAGUAUCUAAAGAGUGCCAUUCCAAGAACAAGCCAUAUUACUAUCAACGUUGCAGUAACACUCCUUGUCCAACAACAGCUGGAAAAGCAGCGAGAAAACAGAACUGCAGAGACUCUUACACCGGCAACGUGUGCAUGUAUGUUGUACAAGCAAACUUCUGCCAGUUUUCAGGUUACCGCAGGAUGUGUUGUAACAGUUGUGCAAGGCACUGAAAUGAAGAUUGACUCGUAUCUGUAAACCAGCUACUUGUCCGUCAAAUGAUUGGUCAUCGACACAUCUCUGAAAUAGAUUUAGUGCUGGCAGCGGAAGAGAUUACAUUUACAGAACGAUGAUGAUAAUACAAAGAAGCUUUCAAAAGACAAAGGAUUCUCUAUGUACAUGUGCUAGCUCAUUUGAACUUUGUCAAUUCAAAGCACUGAACAAAGCUGUCGUUACAGCCGAGGCUUCAGGCCAUGGUACCCACAAACAGCCUCAUAUACUCCAAUAUCUGCCUUCGUACAGAAGGAAACAAUCUACUAUAUAUCCCUAUAAAACAAACAGGUCAAAGUGGAAGACUCUUUGGCUAAGGUCAUGAAUACGGAAUUAACAAGUGAGAGACACUGCCCUAUAUCCCAAUCAAGCUUGUUUAAAAAUACAUUAAUUUGACAUUUGUAUAAUAUAGCCCAAAAGGGUUUCAAAUCUAGAGUUGAAGACACACAGCCAAACUCUUGCUAACAUUAUUUUCAGAAAUAAUGAAGCUGGUUUUGUUUGCACAUUUCCUUCCAUGGACUAGAUGUUCUAUUAACUUCUUCGGUCUGGUUGUUUUUCUCAUUCAAAAUCAUUGUACUGCAUCCGCAAAAAUUUGUGGUUGAUUUUGUUUGUUUGUUCGUGUUUCAAUACUAUAUACACAUGUACAAGCCUAGAAAGCGACUCAUCAAAAAGUAUCUAAAUGUAGAAUAAAAGUUACCCAUAUUGUUUUGUGCUACAACAAUUCAGCAAUAAAUAAUUGAAACUAGUUGUGAUGAGAACUAAAUAUGGUUUAACCAAUCAAAUUAACGUUUUCAGUAGAAUGCAGACCCCGCAAAUCUUUGCCGUGUAAUACAUAAAUUGUGUACAUGUAUAAGUUACAACCUGAUAACCAGGAGAUCACAAUGUAAAGGUUUAAGUCUGUCCACAUUGACAACUAAUGACAAUGUUGAAUGUUUGCACUGAUUUUAAAGUGCAUUAUACACAGUAAUUAUACAUGUUUGAUGAAAUGUACCUUGGUACGUACUUCAGAAGAGCUGAUGUUAAAAAAGGUUUUCUGAAAUCGCUUGAAGGCAUUUAUAAAACUCUACAUGGAAGAGAACAGCUGUACAAUUUAGAUGUACAAUUUAGUGGAUGUUUCUUAUGAUCUGGAGAACCUCCAAAUGCAAUAUUUAAAUACAUAUAGUAACAAGGAUGAGAGAGAACUACAUAAAAUAGAGCAAGAGAUACUGUUUAUGAACUGUAAUUUAUGUUGAUAAUUUAAGAAACGGUACACCUCUGGUCAGAAUGAUGUAGACAAAUUUAAGACAAUAAAUAAAUAUUAAAACACAUACACAUGUACUAAGUAGGUUGUUUUCACUGUUCUUUUAAACAGUGUUUUAAAAACCAUUACAUGUACGAUGAUAUUAUUCAAUUACAGGAAACUAUUUGUGGGACACUGUUCAGUUUGUAUUACCAAUGUCUUCUUAUGCAUAAUAAAUGCAAUAAAUUAUUACCCCUAAUGCAUAAAUUACAAGUGCAGUUUAUCAGAAUUAUUAAUUUUAGUAUACAGUGUGGUACAUGUACAUGUACUAGAGAUAUCAAAUAUCUGUGAGUUGAACAUAAAUUUGUCAUUAUCCUCUUUGUAGUUAAAUGAACUGCUCAUGCCACUGCCACUUUCUCUUUGCAAAGCAAAGCGUCUUGUUCCUCCAACUCUUGACUGUCCUAUGUUCAGGAUUUUAUCAAAAGUCUUCAUGAUCCUUGUUUUGCAAAGAUUUCUCAGAUCGACUUGACCAGUUCAUGAAUACUGCAAGUUCCUAUUCAGACUUGUCAUGGCCAUCUACAGCAACCUCUUUAGCAGGUAAAACACCUGCUUUUAGAUCACCAUUGGGUACAUCUUGUAGUUCCUAAGUAAAAGAACAAGACUUGUGAACAAAUAAAGGCAUGUUUUAUGCA